AUGGUGAUAAAGUGGAGAUGUCCAAAGCAAACCCUCCCUCCCAGUUGUGAUACUGGUUUCCAAAAGAAACUCCUCUAUCUAGAAUCCAUUGGUAUUGACUCUUUCUCUUUUAUUGAAAACCAUCCAACACUGAUCACCACCUCUCUUACUGAUAUAAAAUCCACCGUGGAAUACAUUACCGCGAUGGAUUUCACUGCAAUCGAGUUUCGGCGAAUGGUUGGAAUGUGCCCUGAGAUUCUGACCACUAAUGUGUCAGACAUCAUACCUGUCUUCACCUUCCUUCAUCGGGAGGUUCAUGUGCCUUGUUCAGACAUUAAGCGGGUCAUAAAUCGCCGGCCGAGGUUGCUUGUCUGCAGUGUUAGUAAGCGACUUCGUCCCACCCUAUACUUCCUCCAAAGUAUUGGCAUAGAAGAGGUAAACAAGCACACUGACUUGCUAUCAUGUAGUGUUGAAGAAAAGUUCAUGCCCAGGAUUGAUUACUUUGAGAAUGGUGGGUUUUCUCGGCGUGAUGCAACUUCAAUGUUUCGCAGAUUUCCUCAGCUGUUUUGUUAUAGUAUUAAAAAUAAUUUGGAGCCUAAAUACAGUUACUUUGUGGUGGAGAUGGGGAGAGAUUUGAAGGAGCUGAUAGAAUUUCCACAGUAUUUCUCAUUUAGCCUAGAGAAUAGAAUUAAGCCUAGGCAUAAAAAGUGUGUAGAAAUGAGGGUGUGUUUUCCUCUCCCUGACUUGUUAAAAACAAAGGAAGUGAAAUUUCAUAGUAGAUUGGAUGUGUUUGUAAAUUCUUCAACACCCUUGAAAACAUCCCCUCUGUGGUGUGCUGGUGGCAACUUUUAUGAAUGA